AUGCUACGCCUUCGGGCACCGGGCUGUAAACACCCGGAUGUGGGGAAAGGACGAGGCCCCGCCCAUGUGAUCACCCUGGACGGCGGUCAUGGAGGCUUCGGCUAUAAAAGGGACAACUGCGGUCAUUUUAGUCAGACAGCUCCUCGUCGGUGGGUCAACAUGAACGCUCUGACUGUGAUUUCCGUGGCAGCCCUCGUGGCUAGCGGCAGCGCCUCCUUGCUUGCGUACAACGGCGUAUAUGGAGGCCAUCACAGCCUUCUUGGCGCCCAUCCUUAUGCAGGUUAUUCUGGUCUGAAUCCUUAUUCAUACGCAGGUGUCCACCCUUACUCAUACGCAGGUGUCCACCCUUACUCAUACGCAGGUGUCCACCCUUACUCAUACGCAGGUGUCCUUCCUGCAGCUGCUCCUCUCAAACUCAAAACACCUGUGGUCAACUCCGUGGCUCCUUCUCCUGUCUCUUACAACGUAGCUCCCUUCGCACCUGUCCAGUCUCAGUACCACGCUCAGGAUGAGCUCGGUCAGUACUCCUUCGGUUACGCCGGCGGUCCUUCUUCACGCGCUGAGUCUCGCGACGCCUUCGGUGUUGUUCGUGGUUCAUACAACUACGUGGACUCUGAGGGAAAGGUUCAGACUCAGCAUUACGUGGCUGACGCCCUGGGAUUCCGUGUGUCCGGCACCAACCUGCCAGUGGCUCCCGAUGCCCCUGUAGCUGCCCCUUUGGCCGCCCUUCCCGGUCCACUUCCCGAACCCGUCCAGGACACUCCUGAGGUAGCCGCCGCUAAGGCAGCCCAUCAGCAAGCCUACGACGAAGCUGCAGCCGCCGCUGCUGCUGCCCCCGAUACCCGCAAGAAGCGCUCCGUCCUUGCGGCUCCCGGCCUCGGCGUCUACUCUCCUCUCCGUUUCUCCUACGGCUUCUCCACCCCCCUCCACUACGCCCGCCCAGCAGCCUAUGCUUCUCCUCUUCACUACACUGCCGCCCAUCCCGCCCUCAACACCUACAACGCUGCCCACAUCCCCACCACAUACGCCGCCGCCGCGGGACCCGCUCUCCGUGACGCCGAGCUCCUCCGUGUGGUCCACAACCCCGGCCACGCCACCUCCUACCGCGCAGCAUACGGCAAUUUCCGUUGGUGGCUUUCGUGGCUAGCGGCAGCGUACAACAAUGCAUGUGCUGGCUACCACGGUCUUCUUGGCGCUUAUAUUUAUGCAGGUCAUUCUGGUCUACGCCCUUACUCAUACGCAGAUGUCCUUCCUGCAGCUGAUCCUUUCACCCUCAUGACCGUGGUUUCUGCACCUGGCUCAUACAUCGUAGCUGCCGCACCUAAGGAGGAUAAAUUUGUUCACAAGCCUGAUGAAGAAGUGGUAAAGAAACAAAUAAAUACGAUUAUUUUCAACCGUCAUCUAGAGGCUCAUAUAGGUGUUCCAGGCCUACAAAGGACAAAUGAAAGCCUACGCCACAGGUCGUUGCCUCGAGGCAGCUCUUCCAUAUUCUUGAGUAUCUAUAGCAUUGAAGGUUGUAAAGCAUCACGUGACGUUAUGAAUGAAGAAAAAUGCAGUAAUCCACGAACAGCUCCUCGACGGUGGGUCAACAUGAACGCUCUGACUGUGAUUUCCGUGGCGGCCCUCGUGGCUAGCGGCAGUGCUGCUGUGAUUCCCUAUAACGGCGUAUAUGGAGGCUACCAUGGCCUUCUUGGCGCCUAUCCUUAUGCAGGCUAUUCUGGUCUGCAUCCUUAUUCAUACGCAGGUGUCCACCCUUACUCAUACGCAGGUGUCCUUCCUGCAGCUGCUCCUCUCACCCUCAAAACACCUGUGGUUAAGGCCGUGGCUCCUACACCUGUCACAUACAACGUCGCUGCCGCACCUGUUGCUUACAACGUAGCUCCCUUCGCACCUGUAGCACCUGUCCAGUCUCAGUACCACGCUCAGGACGAGAUCGGUCAGUACUCCUUCGGUUACGCCGGCGGUCCUUCUUCCCGAGCUGAGACCCGCGACGCCUUCGGUGUUGUCCGUGGCUCUUACAACUACGUGGACUCUGAGGGCAAGAUUCAGACUCAGCAGUACGUGGCUGAUGCCCUCGGCUUCCGUGUGUCCGGCACCAACCUUCCCGUAGCUCCCGACGCCCCUCUGGCGCCCGUCCAGGACACUCCUGAGGUUGCCGCCGCUAAGGUCGCCCACCAGCAGGCCUACGACGAAGCCGCCGCCGCCGCCGCUGCCGCCCCCGACACCCAGUAGAAUUUCUAAAUGGAGAAAACACAGUGAUAUGUUCUACAGUACAUGGUGUGUAGAGCACUCGAGACCAAGUUCGUCGACCACCAAGACCUUGCUUGGGAUCUUGUGUUGACCACCAUAGCUUGUACAUAUGUAAGGAGCGCAUUCCUUUCCAUGAAAUGAAGAGCUUUUUGAAAGUCAAAAAAAUAAAUAUUUUAACUUUA